AUGAAGACUUCACCUCAUCGGUCCGUUCCUUCUUUUACUUCCGAGGGCCCCACCCGGAAGCAGGUUCUCGUGUCGUUCGGGGGUACCCCUCCCGACCUCACGAAAUUCUUCACCGAGUCGGCUGUCCGUGCAGCCAACGGGUACCUCAGGGAUGGUAGAUCUAUGUUAAAGGUCACCUCCAUCAUCCGAGCCUAUGACGGUUUGUCAUUGGUCACCCCAGCUGUUGCCAGCCUGUCCGACCUAGACAUACUGCGCAACUUCAUCCGCGAAAGCCUCCCAACGGGUACUCCGCUCGAGGUUGCGCUCCCGUCAUCAACAUCUUUUAUAAAGAUACUCGAUGUUCCUUACUUCGAUCCGAAAGGGUUGAAGAUCACCCAGGAGGCGCUCGAGAAGGCCCUCCGUACCUCGGUUCAUGCUGAGGUUUUCGCAUAUCUGGGCACCAAGCCUCGGAUCGACUGCAACUCGGCGCACUCGACAUCGUGCACCGUGUACUGCAACAUCUGGGAUUCCCAGCAGGGAACCCGUGCCAAGAAGGCCUUAGGCCAACCGAUCUUCCUUGCUGGACGGUCCUGCGCAAUCAGGCCCGCUGCACGUCCGCACGAGCAGAAGGAGCACCGUCAACAUGCGGGAUGUUGCAAGGGCAACGCGAAAGCGAAACCCCCUGUGCCGCCCACCCCUCGCGACCAGCCCUGCCCCCAUAAGGGCCGCUGUGUCAACUGCCACAAGGACCACGCCGCCAACUCGGCUUCGUGCAAGUUCUGGGCCCAUCGCUACGACCGUGAGUGGAUUAUGGCCGAGUAUCGUCAGACCAAUGUUAGGAAACCUUCAGGAUCUAAGUAG